UAAGUAAUGUAAGUUAGCGAGGCUUAAUGGACCAAUUAAUUUAGCGUCUCCAAGAAUCACGCUUUAAUUCAACCUAGCCCACCGAAGCCAACCUUGUUUUGUUUUCGUUGAUGGCUUGACGAAAUUUUUGGGUUCAAUUCUUGUUGAACCACGACGUUCACGCACGCAUCGAUGACUGCGCUCGAUCUGCAUAAUGCAAUUUUCACAUCAGACAAACGUGCUAUGCCUAUGCCCCACAUGACACGUACACGUACUCUCUCGCUCACAACGGUUGAAGAACAACCACAAAACCCUACAUCCCCAACUUACAACUCCUUCACCUACCAAGACCUACUCUUACGCCAACCACUCCACCCAGACGGUCCACGACACUGGGACCUCGGUCUUGACCUCACAGGAGACCCAAUAACAGCAGCGGAAUGUAAAAGCCUCGAAGGCCGGUUCACAAAAGCAAAACUGCGUCGCUUAAGGUGGAUAUGUGGAAUUUUUGAAGUUGUUUUCGGUAUAUGGGCUAUUUAUUGCACGAUCCGCUAUUCCCUCGCAUUUCAAACGGCUUUUACGAGCGAUGUACACAUACGCACGCUUGCGCUCGUCUUGUGUGUUGUUUCUGGUAUUAGUUUCGCGGGAGUGGUCAUGACGUUAUUUAUGCCGUUUCUUCCGAAAGACGGAGCUGGGCUCGUUCGUUCUGCGAGGAUGAUCUUAAGAGGGUGUUUUGUUGUGUUGACAAUCGCGACGGCGAUUGUGAAUCUUGUAUUUGUUUCGGUAUGGAAGCCUGUGGAUAGAUGUGGGUGGAAUAUGGAUAUUUCGUGGUCUGCGACAGUCACCAUCGCUGGGGAUUCGACAGCUAGGCAUUGUCGCACUGCGAGUUUUGCAGUUUGGACGAUCGUCGCGUCCUUUAGGGUUGUUGCUACAUUAAUCAUGAUCCUGUUGUAUGUUUACUUCCUCGGGGUAUAUUCUGAAGCGAGGCAUCCUUCGAGAUAUACCAAAGAGACGUACUACCCACCAUUAAUGGCCUCGGAGGGUGCUGUAAACUCUCCUGUUUCCACUAUCGAUUCACCUGUAUCCACUCUCGACCCGUCAUCAUCAGGAACGCACUUCGACUUCAAGCUAAUACAGAGUCGAGCUGCAAUAGAAAGGUCUAACUCGAUGUUAGCGCUAACUAAUUCAAGUAUCACCCUCGCGCCUUCCCCCACUCUUUCUCCCACCCAAUCUCGCUCCCAUACCCACUCCCAUCCAAGGACCCAAGCCACACACACGCAGUCCUCCAACCCCGCACCUCCAGCUUCCAGCCCGAUAUGGCGAAAUUGGAAAAAUCUGCGAUUAACAAUAAAAGACCGUCAAAGGCACAAUAAUCUUUCUGACACACCCACAUUGCGUUCGCUCCGCCGGAAGAACCGUAUUACUAUCUCGAGUGAACAUAUCUUGCUGAAUGCGAAUACAACACCCGGUGCCUGGGAGGAGUGCACGGACGUGUGUGCCGUCGGUGCUAGUCUUGGUCCGGAUGCUUCGGAAUCAGAUCAUUCCGUGGGCAUCGCUGAAGGUCGGGGUGUGUAUCCGAUGGAAGGCCACAGGACUGGGACUGAUUCUCCAGUACUGGCGAUGGAUUCGGAGACAUGCAGCCGUGAUUCUGACUCUGUCUACUCUUAUGGAUAUGGGGCCUCAGAUCCAGCAUACCCCUAUCUGGAAAUCUACAAUCCCGCGCCGCCGGCUACUGCUAACGCUAAUAUCUUCCUUACCCAACAACCCCGAUCUCCCGCGGCAGUUAUAGCAAGGGCAGACAUCAUCGAGCCUGGAACGUCGCUAACGACCAUAGAAUCAGGUGACGGCGAAGAAGACGAACUGAUACCCAUAAUGGGCGGUUUCGUACGGCGGAUGGCUACCAUCCAAUCAUUCGGGUCUCAAGAAGCUGCGCUGUCGAUGACUGGCUCGCGCUUCUCGAGGGUUUCAGUUUCCGAGAUGCACACACUCGGAUCUCCGCGUUCGUCUUUUGGGUGGACGCCGUCUAUGGCGUCUACGUUGAGCAAGAACAACUCGUUUGGAACUGCUUCUGCUUAUUUUUCUGCAUCGAGUGAUCUGGGGAUGGGGACGGGUGGUUCUGGACCUGGUAUCGGAGUCAAUGAGCGAGGCGAAUUGGAAGCGAGGAUGACGACGAAUCUGCCAUCGUACGGUCGAUAUCAUUAUACCCGAGACGCUAACCGCGCUACAUUAUCCGUGCCAACCUAGCGCACAUGAGGCAUCAUACCAUUA